AUGGCCCUAGCCAAUACGGAACCCACCAAAGAUGUACAGGUAGUGGGCAUUGGCGCCACUAAGACCGGUUACGUGAUCAGGUUCAGAGAUGCGCAAUUGGCGGAAACCACCCAGGAAAACUCUGCGUGGCUGGAGGAACUCAGAAACGACAUCAAACUAGUGAAGCCUAGAUUUGACAGAGAAAAGAAAGAAGGAAUCGCAAAGAUCACGGAAGAGAAUGACCUCGCUGAGAAAGGAUUUAAAAUAGAAGAUAUUGUAUGGCUGAAGAAAAAGGACAGACCACUAGAAAGAUUAGCAUCAAUAGGUGUCUGGUUCAACACACUAGAGAAAUUUGGUCAUCUCGCUUGGUUAUGCAAAGAACAGGUGAAAUGCAGCCACUGCAGCAGCCAACAUGAACAACGCUACUACCCACCAGGUAUUAGACUGAGGAUAUUGGAGAUGCCAAACACCUCUGAACCCAAACGUAUCCCAAUAAUGACAACCACACUCCAUCUACUACAGUUGAACAUCUGGAAAUCCAGAGCAGGAAUGGAAGCCCUUAUCAAUGACCACCAAAGCCAGAGCCUAGAUCUACUUCUGAUCCAAGAACUAUCCAUCACCACAUACUGUACCCAUGUGAACCAUAGCGCAUGGCAACUAUAUCAAUCAACAUACCCAAAUACGGAAUCAACCCGGUUCCGUAGCCUCCUCUACGUAAACAAAAGAAUUUUAACCUCCUCCCAUCAACAGAUCCACUGCAACCAUCCAGAUUUAGUCGCAAUCAAGAUAUGGACUGCCGCGAUACAAUUCCUUGUCUUCUCGGUCUAUAUUCCUCUACUAGAUGUGCACGAAGCAGCUAAUAUCACUGCUGCGGAAUCAGCACUAGAAGAAAUAAAAACUACCAUUGAGCAACACACCAGAGAAACCGACAAGACUACAUAG